ACAAGCCGCCGUUUCGCGGCGCUCAUUUCGUGGCGUUGUCGUUUUGCCGCAACCGCGCAUUCGGUAUUCAGCACUAACAGCGGCUGGUCGCGGGAGCAUCGGUACGCGCGCACAUCGGCACAGGGCACAUCCGCACUGUUGGAAGGUCGACCGGUCGGUAGUGGGAGCGUAGAGCGGUUCCGCAUCAUUGCGUAUUGUUUGUGUUGAUAUCGGUUCAUUUCACCGGGAAAGGAAGAUCAAAGUGAAAGGCUUGUCGAAAGGGCACGCGUAGGGAAAAACACACACACCCAAGAUCUAGUUACCCGGUCAAAAUCAGGGAACGGACCAGUGUUGGAAUCUCGCCCUUUUAAUCCGUAGCUUGCUGUGAUUUGUGCGUUUGGUUGUGGAAGGUGCGGAUUGUACAGGUAGUGUGUUGGGAGCGUUGUUGCUUUUUAAUCGAGCCCAUAAAACAAAUCUCGCGUGCGUGUGUGUGUGUGUGAAGUGUGUGAUUGCGGAAUCUCGGAAGAAUUAUCAUCCCGUAUCAGUGAGGCUUGAGUUUUGCAAGGUGAACAGCGUGUGUAAAGUGUGAUUGUAUUUCACUCGAUAAAAGGGCAAAACAAGUGUGCAAAUAACAACUGCGAGUGCAGAUAUCGAUACUACAGUGAUAAAAUUACUGCACGUGAUCCAACCGUUGGAGUGUUGGUCACAAUCCAAAGGAAAUGUAAUUAACAGAACUCGGUGAAUUGAUCUCGCCUUUACUUGUUGGCGAUCGCACACAAGUGCCGCAAGCUUAGUUUGGUGUCAAUAGAGUUUUCAGUGUGUGUGCUUCUCCCCAGUUUUAGUGUGUAAAGUAGCAUAAGUCGUACAGUGAAGCUACAACCAUGACGGUAACCUACACGGCGGAGGUGGCCACCUGCCGUGGUUUCGGCUGUUUCCUGAAGCUGCUCGUGAGAUGGCGCGGUAGUAUCUACAAACUAGUAUGGCUGGACCUGACGUGCUUCCUGCUUCUAUACUACGUGCUCAACAUUACCUACCGCUUCGGUCUAUCCGAGGACCAAAAACGGAUUUUCGAGGAAAUCGUCAAGUACUGCGCUACGUAUAGCAACCUUAUUCCGCUUUCCUUCGUGCUCGGUUUCUACGUCACCAUCGUAAUGACGCGCUGGUGGAACCAGUACACCAGCAUUCCCUGGCCGGACCCGAUUGCCGUUUUCGUCAGUGCCAACAUUCACGGUCAGGAUGAACGAGGCCGUGUGAUGCGUCGUACAAUCAUGCGUUACGUCUGUCUGUGUCUCACGAUGGUGCUAACCAAUAUUUCACCACGCGUCAAGAAACGCUUCCCGACCAUCGAACAUCUGGUGGAGGCUGGUCUGUUGAACGAGAAUGAACAUACGAUCAUGUCCCAUCUGAAUCAGAAGUUCCCGCGUCACUCGAAGCACUGGUUGCCGAUCGUAUGGGCAGCCAGUAUUGUGACGCGCGCUCGGAAGGAGGGUCGCUGCAGAGAUGAUUUCGCUUCCAAAACGAUCAUCGACGAGCUGAACAAGUUCCGGGGACAGUGUGGAUUGCUGAUCUCGUACGACACGAUCAGUGUGCCGCUCGUGUACACGCAGGUGGUAACGCUGGCCGUAUACAGCUACUUCCUUACCUCCGUCAUGGGCCAGCAGUGGGUAGAGACGAAGGAACUCGGCGAAGGUGUGGUGAACAAGAUCGACCAAUACUUCCCCAUCUUCACGACGCUCCAGUUCUUCUUCUACAUGGGCUGGCUGAAGGUGGCCGAAUCGCUGAUCAACCCGUUCGGCGAGGACGACGAUGACUUCGAAGUGAACUGGAUGGUCGAUCGGAAUCUGCAGGUGUCCUACCUGAUCGUCGACGAGAUGCACCACGAACAUCCGGAACUGCUGAAGGAUCAGUACUGGGACGAAAUCUUCCCGACCGAGCUACCGCACACGGUAGCGUCGGCCGAAAUACGCGAAGAACCACCGCAACCUUCGACGGCGGACAUUGUCGUAAAGAAGCGGGAAGCGGAAGUCAUCCCGGUGGUGCCCACGGCGGUCCGCAUCGAUGAAAUGGUCGGUAAACAGAACCAAGCGGUUGAGUAUAACUUCCCCGCGAAUCCCAACGACGACGAGAUGGAUGACAACGUCAGUGGCAUACACUUCAACACGUCCGAGAAACCCAUCUACCGGGGUGGCAGCUCGGCCACAAGUUUGGCAAGCGUGGCCGGUACAAUAUCCCGCGUAAACACGGUAGCGUCCGCGCUGAAGCGUUUCUUCAGCAAGGACGAAUCGAGCCGUCCGAACAGUGCCACACCGGAUGCGGCUGGAACGGUGCCGUUCAAAUUUCCCGGCUCGGCCAGCUCGAACAAUCUUGCCGGGGGCCGUAUACCGGACCGUGCGAUGGGCAGCAUGCGCAUCACGGACCAGGUGAUCGAGGAGGUGGACGAGCAGCUAACCAUCACGUCGAUGCAGGGUAACAACGAUUCCCGUCCAACGGCGGCCAGCCUGUUUGAGCACGGUCCACCGAAACCCAGUGAACCGGUGGACGUACCGCAGCAAUCGUACAACCGCACCCAAUCGUCGGUCGCUCACGGCUUUCAUUCGCAGCUAACACCACCCGGCCCCGAUACGUUGCUGUCGGCUUCAGCGCCCGAAACGGGACGCUUCGAGCACAACUACGUCCCGCUCAGUCCAACCGAUCCGGACGCGGUACCGAUGGUUGCCUCCUCAACGGCACUACGGAGCAUGGUGGAUGAAACGGACCGCGUAACGACCACGUUCGACAGUGAAGAAACGGAAAAGGAACAGCUGGAGCGAAAGACCCGGCUGCUGGCGCGUUCGAUCAGCAAGCAGGCCGUGCUGGGGUUGAUCGAUACGGAGAUGCUGCUCGACGAGCUGACCAAGAGUACGAGCGAUCUGGAGGGGUCGGAACAUAAGAAACCACCGCAAAACACGCCCGACGGGCCGACGUCCGACACGAACAGUAACGUCGACACGACAUUAUGAUUCUACGUGUCCGAUGCAGACGAUGGCAUUAUCGUGGUCAACGUGAAGGAGGGCAGCAGUGCCGAUAGGUAGCAGCUCUAGCAUCGAAUAGUGCAUCUGCCGGUACGUGGAUGGAACUGGAAUUGAGAAGGACACACGAGGGUGAGGGAUCCGAUCCGAUAUGCACAAAAAUCUCUUAAGGCACACGCGAUGAACCAGAUACCCCGGAGAAACGAAUCACUAAAUCUCGCUCGCUCUCACACAGAAACUCUACGUCUGUCGACACUUCCGCCGGGAUAAGUGUAGCAAACAGUAAAACACAAAACGAAAAUCGUUCCAACACGUUCCAACUAGCGCCGUAAGCUUUUAACCGAUAACGAUGAAUGAAAUAGCUGCUGGGGGGGGGGGGCAGCGUUAUUGUUUUAGAAACGCCUCGUAUCUCAAUAAUCGAUAAUUGUGCCCGCAACAAUGUGAUGAAAGUGUUUGGGUUUUUAAUUUCCAAUGCAGUAUUUUUGCAGUAGUCCGCCUCAGGAGGUGGUCAAUGUACUACAGGUUACGCACAACGUGCUUAGAGGGUGAAGAAUACGAUUACAGGUGAUGCAUUAUAGGUUGCCUUAUUGCUGUUAUUGUUGCGGAGAAAUUGUUGGUGGCCUAAGCAAACAACGGAUGCGCCUUAAGUGUGUAUUAGCCUUUCGGAACAAUGUGUAAUGCUCGUCGAUGGGUGGCCAAAGCUAUGGCCAAUCUUAGCGGCCAAGCUAUAAAACUGUCGUACAUACUUUUAACCAAUAUGCUCGCGUGUAAAAUAUAUUUAGUUGUUAUACAAAAACCCACCCCACAGCUGUGUGGCGCUACCUAAGGGCCCAGUCUCACCGGGAAAGAACAGAACAAAAGACACUAGAGAUUUUUUUUUUUUACCACAACUAUGAUAUGUAAUAUUUACUUUGUACAUGAAAAGAAAAAAAAACGCUAUUCGAAUAUAUUGAGCAUACAAUUUUAAGCAAAAUAAAAGCUCUUCUACAAAGCAAGA